AUGUCGUCGCAACGCAACUAUCUCGUUUGGGGCGCCAACGGCGUCUCGGGCAUCGCCGCCCUCCGAGCCCUCGUCGAGCAGCCCAAGGAGACCGUGGGCCACAUCUUGGCCGUGUCGCGUCGUCCUCCUCAGGUCGACCUCAAGGACGAUCGUAUCAAGUUCGUCUCGAUCGAUAUCCUCAACGCCUCUGUCGACGAAAUCGCCGAUAAGCUCAAGGCCAACGGAGGCGACAAGGUGAAUGCUGCUCUGCACUACACCUAUAUCGAGAAGAAGGAUGCCCAAGAGCUGUUGGACAUCAACCACAUCUUGCUCAGCAAGGCGCUCGAUGCCACCUACGCGGCAGCUGGCAAGUCGCUCAAGCACUUCCACCUGCAGACGGGCUACAAGUGGUACUCGCUCCACCUGGCCGACAAGAACAUCGCAUCGCCGCUUCCGUACAAGGAGGAUGCGCCUCGCGGACCCACCGACCCUCCCAACUUCUACUACGACCAGGUCGACACCCUCGUCGCACACGCCAAGAAGCACGGAUACGCCUGGUCCGAGACGCGUCCCAACACCAUCAUCGGUGCCGCCAAGGGCAACUUUAUGAACCAGGCCGUCUCCACUAGCAUCUACCUCGCGCUCGAGAAGGCCAAAGGCAAGACCGAAGUCCAGUAUCCCGGUAACAAUCUCAACUGGGACCAGAUCUUCGUAUCACAGAGCACUGCCAUCAACAACGCCCGCUUCCAAGUCUUCCUCACCGACCCCGCCAACGCAGCCAAAACCGAGAACCAGUCGUUCAACAUCGAGGACGGUGACAAACGCAAGCUCGGUCAGAUCUGGCAAGACUUGGGCAAAGAGUUGGGACUCAAGAUCCUGCCACCUACCCUGGAGACAGAGUACAACGAGAAGCCGCCCAAGCUGAGCCUGAGCCUGCACGAGUGGAGCGAGAAGCCGGAGAACAUCGAGGCGUGGAAGAAGCUGACCAGCGAGAAGGGCGGUGAUCCCAAGGCGUUUUCGGAUCACUCUACGUUUGCAUUCGCCGACUUCACGCUGGGCGCGACGUUUGAUCAGCAGGGAAGCCUGGACAAGGCCAGGGCUGCUGGUUGGGAUGUGGUGUGCGAUACGGCCAAGGAUGGGUACUUGGAGACCUAUCGUUACCUGCAGCAGAUCGAGCUGAUUGUGUUGCGUGCGAUUCGAGCUGCCUGCAUCAAGACGCCGGCGGACCGUGAGCUAGGCGAGAAGAAAGCGUUGAGAAGAGGCUGUGGUUCGGACUACAAACUCCGAAAACACAAAACGCGGUGUCCAGUGCGGCCCGACUCGAGAGCUCCUCUCCUUUCGACCUCAUCCAUCAACUCUUUCAUCGUCGUCAUGUCGGCGCCCGACUACCGCUACCUGCAAGCAUGGGCUCGACCCUCAGCUUCCAAAGCAGCGUCCACAUCGAAACGUCUGUACGACAGCGGCAGCUCGUACGAAGCCGUGCUGCCCACCACGGAUGUCAGCGCAACAACGACCGAUGGCAAGGAUGCACUUCAGCAGCAACAGUCGGCGUAUCAAGUUAGACUCGACACUCCGGGUGGCAUCUCGUAUGCACCUGAUGCGCUGGCACAGCACAAUUCGGUCAAGCGUCUCUUCAUCCCUGCUACCAUGCACGACCGCGGGGCAAAGGAGUAUGACUUCAGCAAGGAGAUCGAGGCAAGACAGAAAGCGGCUGCAGCAGCAGCGUCGGAGCAGAAGGGGAAGCUGGACGACCAGGGAAGGACACAGGCGCAAGCGUACAAGGAGGAGGUGGAGAAGUCGCAGUCUGAGCCGAGUUCGGUCGACGAGCCGGUCAAGCCUUUCGAAAUUCCCGCAUCGUCGUCAGUGCAAACAGCGCCAGACCCUACCGACAGCGACGCAGCUUCGAUCAACACCAACGCUACAGCCACCUCGGCGCGAUCCAAGAUGACCACCUAUACCCUGAACGCAGGACGCACCGAUACACUCCCGAUGAACGUAUCAGCUAACGCAGUCACCACACCAUUCCGACCACCCCCUUCCAUCACCGGCGACGCAGCCAACGCCAAAACCCCUUGGGCUGCUUCCGGAACGUGGACCUCCCAUCGCACCCUCGACCGUCUCACCGACAAGGAGAAAAAGGCAGGCAUCACUCAAUUCGAACAAGCCUCCGAAGGGCGGGUUCCGUCAGCAUACGAAGCGAGCCUCUUUGCACCUUCCUCGGACGCUGCGACGAUCAGGACGGCGCGUCCGAACGGAGAGCUGCUGGUGGAAGAUCUAUUUGUACCGGAUCCGAGACCGUGGCGACCGCUGAGGUACGUGCGCAAGAUCGAUCCACGUCAGAUGCUGAUCUUGUGUGCAGGGGCUGCUCUGACACCGGGUCAGGUGGCGGCUAUGAAGCUCGGCAGCGAUGCCAGCUCCAUCAUGACCACCGACACUUCGGCUACAGGGUUCGGCGCAUCCGAUACCGCAUCGGUUUACAGCUCGAUUCCGACCGAUUUUUCUGUGGAAGCGACACGCAAAGCCAUGUUCGGAGCUGGGAAGCUGCCGGACUAUAAGUCGCUCGAAGCGCAGCUAAAAUCGACCCACACCAGCUCAUCCCUUGUCUCGACACAGCAGGCGGAAGAAAAACGUGCUGGACUUGGGUUCGUAUUUUGCCCCACACACGACCCUCGUUCGCGUCAGCCAGGCUUCGCCCGUUCGGCCGGCGUGGCGAUCGAAACCAACUUCUCGCGCCGAUUGGAACGUCCACCGGACCUCUCCUCCACCACGCUCCGUCGCGCCGCCCUGCGUUCCGCGCUCGCCGCGCUCGAAUAUACGCGCUGGGAAACGGAAGGCUUUGACAAACUCGUCAUCGCCACACACCACGCCUGGCUCGUCGACGGCAUCUCGCGCUGGAUCUGGGAAUGGCGCCACAACAAUUGGCGCAUCAUGUCCGAAUCUCCGCUGGGUAUGGUGGGUGAGCAGGUGCCCGAUCGCGAUCUGUGGGAGUUGCUCGAUAAGGCGGUGAGGGGCUACGAGGAGAUCGACUGUACGGUGAGGUUUUGGAAGGUCGGCAAGGCGCAGAAUGCCGAAGCGGUGGAGUUGGCGCAGAGGGGUGCGUGUAGGGAUGAUCAGCAGAUGGGGACAGUUAGGUGGACGAAGAAGAAGACUAAGGAGGGUAUCUGA